UAUCCAAUUUUCUGCGGCGCAAUCGAAAGAAAGAGGAAGUGCUCAGCUGUGUUGAGUGCUUGAGUGAGCAAUUUUUGUCAGGCCAACCCAUUUCCGUAUUGUGAUUCACGAAUUAGAUUGAUUGAACAGUUUCAUAAUUUAAUAGUAUUUUGCAGAUUAAAACAUCAAGAUGACGUUGAUGGAAUUUUUUGGGUGUGCCUUUAUAUCAUUUGGUCCUCCCCUGGCCAUGUUUAUAUUUACCAUAGCACAAGAUCCACUUAGAAUUAUUGUUCUAAUAGCAAGUGGAUUUUUCUGGCUAUUAUCACUGCUGUUAUCAUCAAUAUUAUGGUAUGCUGUGGUGCCACUGCGAAAUCAACUGGCGUUUGGACUGGUGUUUUCCGUCUUUUUCCAAGAAUUGUUUAGAUUCCUGUUUUAUAAACUACUCAGAAGAGCUGAUGAAGGAUUAAAGAAAGUGAGUCAAGUAUCAGGAGAUGAGAAUAUUACACCUAAAGAUAUCAAUAAUAAACACAUCAUGGCUUAUGUUUCUGGGUUUGGUUAUGGUGUUUUAAGUGGAGCCUUCUCCAUUGUGAAUGUUUUGGCUGAUAUGGCUGGGCCUGGAACAAUAGGAAUUCUGGGAGAUUCUCAAUAUUUCUUCCUUACUACAGCAUUUCUAACGCUGUGCUUCAUAUUGUUACAUACAUUUUGGGGAGUGAUAUUUUUCAAUGCUCUAGAUACCAAAAGAUAUUAUCUUGUUGCUGGAGUUGUUUUGUCUCAUUUACUGGUUUCAUGUCUGACUCUAUUGAAUCAAAGAACUGCAGAACGCCAUGAAUCCUUGUAUUUAGCAUCACUUAUUCCAGCUUAUGUAGUUAUGAUUAUUGCCGCCUUUUGGGCAUUUAUUACUGCAGGUGGUUCACUUCAAAAUAUCAAGAUAGCCUUUACAUGUCGUAAAGGUAGAUAUGAAAUGGACUAAAAGUAAUCAUUUUAGUUGUGGGUUAUAGUUUUCAAUAACCUUUGAUGCUGGAUACCAAAAAACCCCAGAAAGCAUCAUUUGUGCUCACUAUAUUGAUCAACGCUCCAUGGAUGAACACUCUCUUUACAGCAAUUUAUAAACUCUGUCUACAAGUUUUUUAUCCGUUUAUUUAAUUCACAGGUCAAUCUUAUUAUUCAUAUAUCACGCUGAUGUUUAUAUUUAUUGAUUAUAAAUAGAAAAUAAUUUUUAAAUGCCCACCUGUUAUUAUUGUGGUCAUAUGUUGUCAUCGGUCCGUCGAGAAUAGUUAGUAUUGGGGUAAAGUAGAUCCAGGGUUAUAGCCCCUGACUGUUCAUUAGAUAUAUACUGUAUUCGUACUCACUCUAGAAAGUUGAAUUCUUCACAGAUUCGAUCCAAUUUCGGGAAUUGAUCAUAUUGGAGUAAAGGAUGAUCUAUCAAUUUGAUUUUGAGCAUUAUGGGAAAGAAUCGUAAUGCCCUUUGUUCGAUUCAAUUGCUGAUAAAUGUGCAUCACCGUACCCUACACAGUUCAAAUCUUUAAAAGGAAUAUUGCACCCAAAAAGAUUAAGGGUGUUUGCAAAAAAAGUCAUUCAAGAGUUAUUGCCCCAUGAUUAUUGAUUAAAUAUAUUACCUGUAUCCUGUUGUACCAAAUUUCACCAAAUUUUGAUCUUGACCCAAACCCUCAAGACAGUACAUUUAAAAAGCUGGUGGUGGGUGUAUUUUACCUUGCUUGCUUGUCAAGCUAUUUUUACCCUUUUAAUAUAUAUUCCUGCAAUUAUUGCUGCAAUACAAUGAAAUUACCGGUAUUGGCGCCCAUAAUUAUUGCUGCAAAAUAGUGUUUAUUAGAUCAGGGUGUUCAAACUAAAUUACAUUGAGUCAAAUCGAGUCCAGUGAUUUAGUAUGUAGAUAAAAAUUACAAUGUAGAGUGCAGGGGGAUGAACAAUAGACAGAUCUCACGAAGGAAAGACAUAGUUUGUCAUGAUCUAGUUCAAAUCAGAGUUUUGAAAUCUUCUGCUUUCUGAAAGCAAUUGGCUUUGAAUACAAAAUGAAAAACAUUCUGAUGACUCAGUUACAAACUAAUAAAAAUCUAUGUCCAAAUCGGAUCUUUUUGGAUCAGAGUUGGUUUUAGGUUUGGUCACAAUCAGAACAUGUAAUCUAUAGAAGUGAAAUCCUAAUUGUGUCUAUGUACUGUCAAUUUUAUUUCAUACGGGGACAUAAGCUAUGAAUUAAUAUAAGCAUUACAGUUUUAAUAUGUUUGGUACAUUGGCCUGUGUUGUUAUUCAAAUAUUACCACAUAUAACAUUCCAUCAUGAAGACAUGUCAUUAUUAUACUUGCAAUUUUUACAUCUGUUUCUAGCUUUAAUUUACUAAGGGGUUGGGUUAAUACGUGCACGUUGGAUCAUAAGGUCUGUAUUUGAGUCAAGUGGUGUGGUUUUCGAUUCCCCGCUGGUACGUGACAAGGAGUAGGGUCGCCUGUCCAACCUCGUAGAUUUUUUCCUGUCCUCCGGUUUUCUCCCACUGGUGAAGACACCUAUGUGCAAGGGUAUUAUUGAAAUAAAAUUGAACCAUAUGUUAGUCCUGAAAUGACCUAGUUUGUGUCAAGUGGACGUUAAACCCCAUUUCUCUCCCUCUCUCAACUUUAUUUUAGAGAUUCACAUGCUUUAAGGAAUUUGGACAGCAUUUGUGUUACAGUAAUUGAAUGUGUCAUACACAGUUGAGUAGUAUCUUAUUCAUUGCCAUUUGUAUGAAGCUCACUGCUGAAGACACCUAUGUGCAAGGGUAUUAUUGAAAUAAAAUUGAACCAUAUGUUAGUCCUGAAAUGACCUAGUUUGUGUCAAGUGGACGUUAAACCCCAUUUCUCUCCCUCUCUCAACUUUAUUUUAGAGAUUCACAUGCUUUAAGGAAUUUGGACAGCAUUUGUGUUACAGUAAUUGAAUGUGUCAUACACAGUUGAGUAGUAUCUUAUUCAUUGCCAUUUGUAUGAAGCUCACCUAUGGACUGCAUCUGACUUUUGAUACAGUAUGGUUAUAUUAUAUUUUGUCUGACUGUGGACCUGCGUCAUUAUUGUUACUUUGUAAAAUAUUUGUUUCGAAAUAUAGGGGUUUGAACUAAUCACCCCCUCAAGGCUCAGCCUAUUGAUUUCAUUAGCUUUUUAUUUCGUUUAGCUACAAAGUAUUGUACAAAACCCUUUAGCUAUACAUUUCUUUAUUUCAUUGUUCUGUCACUAAAUAAAUGUUAAAUGUACAUAUAAACACAAGAAUAUCAUUAAAUUUAUGUAAAUCAUCAUUUUGUAAUUUAAAAAAAUAAUGUACCUUUGUACAAAAUAAUAAAUAAAUAUUUGGUAUUAGA